UCGGCAGUAGUAUCGCGGUGACGAGCAGACGCGGUCGCCUCUUCCUCUCUCGCCGAUCUCUGCUCUCUUUCGUCGCCUGGUUUCCCCACCUCCCCGACGAACCGUGAAUAAAAAAUCGCGGUUCCCCUCGAUCUCUGUUUUCGUCGUCCUGCUCCCCGGAUUCGCGCCUACCCCGGUGAUCCGCAGUGACACGAAACAUCUUUAUCGCCAGGAGGAAACGCCAAGUGGCUUGGAGACCUCGGGUCUCCGAUAAGCACCGCUCUCUUUCCGAGAGACAGAAAGAGAGAGAGCCGGGAAAGAAUAUUAGCCAGCGAGCCGGGGAUCAAGAUGUGAGACCGGAAGGAAUCUUCUCGCGAUCGCUGAGGAACCAUAGGCCGGGAACGCUGGAAAUCAUGUUCCAGUCAUCGGUGUCGCCGAUGUCGGUCGCGUGGGCGACGACGUCCUCGACGAUCCUGAGGGCAGGGACGUCCAGGAUCGCGGCGUCCGGGCAUUACACGAGCGUCAGCACCGUUUACGACGUGAUCGACCAGACGUUCCCGAAGAGCGAGGACGAAAAAGAGGAGAACUAUACGCCGUACGAAGAGCGGCCGGAGACGUACAUCGUGCCGAUCGUGUUUCUGCUGAUACUGCUGAUCGGGCUGACCGGAAACGGCGUGCUCGCGUUAACCAUACUGCGGCACAGUAACAUGAAGAAUGUCCCCAAUAUUUAUGUCUUCUCGCUGGCGUUGGGAGACCUGCUGGUAAUAAUGACAUCGGUGCCAGUCACCUUCAUCUUCUACAUACUGGAUUCAUGGCCUUUCGGGCUUGUGAUGUGCAAAAUCACCGAAUGUGUCAAGGAUAUUUCAGUCGGUGUAUCGGUGUUCACGUUGACAGCCCUAUCGGCUGACAGGUUCUUCGCCAUCGUCGAUCCGAUGAGGAAACUUCAUGCUACAGGUACGGGGAGGCGAGCGACGCGGUUUGCCAUAAUCGUCGCCACGUUGAUUUGGCUGUUGGCCAUUAUCUGCGCCAUUCCCGCUUCGUUCGCCUACAUCAAAACCUUCAGGGUGAACAAGGACGUGAGCUUCUUCGUCUGCUACCCCUUCCCGGAGGAAUUCGGCCCGAACUACCCGAAAACGAUCCUAAUCUGCCGGUUCUUCAUUUACUACGCGAUUCCUCUGACCAUAAUCGCGGUAUUCUACGUUCUGAUGGCCCGUCAUCUGAUGAAGAGCACGCGGAACAUUCCCGGGGAGAUGCAAGGUCAGGUGAAGCAAGUGAAGGCUCGGAAGAAGGUAGCGAAGAUGGUGAUGGCGUUCGUGAUCGUGUUCGCCGUUUGCUUCUUCCCGCAGCACGUGUUCAUGCUAUGGUUCUACAUCCACCCGACCGCCGAGAGGGACUAUAACGCUUUCUGGCACUACUUCCGGAUCCUCGGCUUCUGUCUAGCGUUCAUCAACAGCUGCAUCAACCCGAUCGCGCUCUACUGCGUCAGCGGAACGUUCAGGAAAUACUUUGACAGGUAUUUGCUUUGCUGCGUGCCGGGCCGGAUUCGUCGACGACAGCGUCGCUCGUCGGACCUUAGUUCCCGAGGUCGAGGUCCGAGUUUCUCGAUGAUGAGCUCGAGGAGAUACAUGGGCGACUCGCGGCGAGGACAGCGCAGCACGAUGCACAUGUCCACCCUUGGUAACGACGUUAGGGCCAGCCUGCCGAUCAAGGAGCAAGAGACAACGAUCACGUUCACCGGGUGCCCGAACGGCACGGACGAGGGUCUGCGAAGUCAUCGAGAUUCAGCGACGGAGUAGUAAAUUAGUCGGUGCGGGUCGUCGGGACCCCGCGAACUGAAUUAUUCAGCGAUGAACUUGUCAGUUCGCCGUCGCAGUGAAUUCCUUAAAAAGACAAAUACAUGGACGCGAGGUGGUCGAACGCGGAGCCGCUUUCCAUCGAGGAUCGAGACUUUGAUCUGAUAAUAAGCUCGAUCACGAAAGAAUGGCGGUGUCGGACAAUCGCGUCGACGUCCGGGACAGUUCGGUGUGCUCAUAGACGACCGCCGUUUCUCCACGGUGCACGCACGUGUGUGUGUGUUUGUUUGUUUGUGUGUAUGUGUGUGUCUAUUUGACAGUGGACGCAAUUUGUAAAUUGCCAAGGCAAGAUCGGAUACCAGGUCGUGUACGUAGGAGGAAUGCGGAUUUUCUGAAUAAAACUCGGAUACGAAACCCUCCUGCUGGCUUUCUCUGCGUGUUUCCCGCACCUCCACCUGCUAACUUCCUCCCUUUAUUCACUUAUGACUGUUGCUACGGAUGAGAGGAGGAUCGAUGACCCGGCGAAAGAAGUUCCGUCGCUGGUAAUUCAAUUCCGACGCCGAUACCUUUCUCGCCGCGCGACUUCCUCUCUUUUUGCCACGGCGGUAGCCGGCAAAGUGUGGGCGAAGAUGCGUCCCCACUGAAUCUACCUCCGCCUUAUUGCCCUGUGGCUCGAGCAGACGCUGGAAGUAACCGCAUAAAAGAAUCUGGCACUAAAUACUCCCUACUGCCGCAGUUGAACCCCGCGGGACAAGGAUAGCUAGAGGCGAGCGAUGAAAAAAAUUCAAAGGAACUGAUCGGAAGCUCGGUGGAAGGAAAAAGUGGUAACAAAAAGGCAGGACUUGUGACAUUACACUUUUUAUAGGCGCGGAAACUGAUCGGAAACUAGCUUAAAUGUCCCUAGACGAUCAUUUCUUCGGUCCUAGGAGAUAGUAGCCUGUCCGAUCACUUUAUUCAGUAGUUUUGCUAAAAGGGUAUGUCCCAACGGGGAGUUUACUGGAUCUCAAACGAGUCACAGUGGAUCUCGUCAAGUCUACUUGGGCAAUAGUAGAGUCCAUUAGAACAACAAAGUUCAAUGCUGAAACAAUCAAAUUUAAUCGAUAAAUAAGGUCUAUUAAAUCAAAAAUUCUCAGAUAUCUGCCUAAUUUUCCUUUCGCUCAUCAAUAUCAGAUCCUGUUCUAAUGUAGGAGUCCUAAUCCUCCCAAUCUAACCAUGACAAAACCAAAUCGAUCAGCUAUCAAGCGGAGAUCCCGCGGUCAAUUCCCGUAUGCGGUCCCUUGCUUUUUUCCAAGAUCCUACAAUAAUGGUACACAAUUUAUAAAAUGUAUAAGAAUCCUUUGCAUGGUGGAGGAACGUAACGUUAAAUUUGACUGAAAAUUUCACCCGCAACGGGACAACAUUUUUGAAUGUUAGUGGAGGCAGAAUGUAAAGGAAAGCUUCCCCUUUAAAAUGCCUUUUGUCCCAUCUCGAUAUCUCAACUGGUUCCGGAGAUAUUAAGAUUGAAACUAGACGGUGCAGCGCGUCCCUCGCGACCCAUUGAACUGCCGGAAUUUCUGCAAAAACGUAAACUAAUAGUAAAAGUAGUAUUUAUGAAUGAAUCCCUGACCCGCGCAAAUGUUCCACACGUGGGGUAGGUCAGUGCACUAGAGUAAGUGAGUGAGAGAGAGAGAGGUCCGAGUAUGCGAGGGUGACAGCGAUAGCCGAAAAUUAGAAAAUUACCCCUAUCUUCAACUUGCGAUAUCUCCGAAACGGAGCAUGGUAUCAAAAUGCACUAAAGUGCAUUUUAAAGAAGAGACUUCAAGGUAUUCAACAAGCUAACUUUCAUUAAAAUGUAUCCAUCAGUUUGUUUAUAAAAUAGAUUUAAAUUUUUACUAUUUUUAAUACGUUUCGGUCCGUACAAAAAUUAAUUUAAAAAAUUGAAAAAAUUAUAUUUGUUAACAUUAUGAUUGUACACAUGGUGCAGAUAGUUUAUGCUAAUUAUAUUUAAUGUUUAUAACAAA